UUGAUUUUUGCAGACAUGAGAAAUCUAAUCGCAUCUUUUUUUUGCGAGGACGUAACGGAAUGCCGUUCAGCUGUUCGGUUGCCACGCCUCAGCUUACUCCGAUUCAUCGUGUUCUCUCCUUUCCCCGCGGCCGCCCGCCAUUCGCCCAAUCUAAACGCGAUAUCCUGUACAGUCCGUGCCUCCGCGCCCGUUCCCCGAGACUCGCCGUCGUGCCUGGACGCGGUGCGACCGCGCGACGCUUUCGGCGGCUACUGUAGCGGUGACCAGUCGGGCACAUCAGACCUCAGAUCGCGGCGGGACGCGCUACGUUAUCGAACGAACAUUUGCGCGUGAGAUGCGGAUACAUUCGUGACUGAGGUAACCUCUGUCUCCCGUCAGUUCCCGUCAGUUGAGCGAUACUCCCUUUGAGUGUUCCGGCGACGCCGCGUCCUGUCGCACGCUUGCACGGCUUGAAACCCGGCCUGGAAUUGACCGCGACCUUCGGUAGGAACAAAGCGCGAGCUUGUCCACGGACUCACGCGUCCGACAUGUCGAGCGAAAGCGUGAAAACGUUUGCGAGCCUUGAGACGCCUGGCUAUGUGGGAUUUGCAAAUUUGCCGAAUCAAGUGCAUCGAAAAUCCGUGAAGAAAGGUUUUGAGUUUACGCUUAUGGUUGUGGGAGAAUCUGGCCUCGGAAAAUCCACCUUGGUGAACAGUUUGUUCCUCACGGAUUUGUAUCCCGAACGAAUAAUUCCUGAUGCAGUCGAGAAAACUAAUCAAACUGUCAAACUUGAUGCUUCAACGGUUGAGAUUGAAGAAAGAGGCGUGAAACUUAGACUAACAGUCGUCGAUACACCUGGUUACGGAGAUGCGAUUGAUAACACGGACAGUUUCCGCGCUAUUAUUCAAUAUAUAGACGAUCAAUUUGAAAGAUUUCUUCGUGACGAAAGCGGCCUAAACAGGAGGAACAUUGUGGAUAAUAGAAUACAUUGUUGUUUCUAUUUCAUCUCUCCAUUUGGUCACGGGUUGAAGCCGUUGGAUAUCGAAUUUAUGAAGCAACUUCACAACAAAGUAAAUAUAGUACCUGUAAUAGCAAAAGCUGAUGUACUUACCAAAAAGGAAGUCUUGCGCUUGAAGAAGAGAGUCAUGGAGGAGAUUGAAGGCAAUGGAAUCAAAAUAUAUCCUUUACCGGACUGUGAUAGCGACGAAGAUGAGGAUUACAAGGAACAGGUGCGUCAGUUAAAGGAGGCUGUUCCGUUCGCGGUAUGCGGCGCGAACACCUUGCUCGAGGUCAAAGGGAAGAGAGUACGUGGCCGAUUGUAUCCGUGGGGCGUGGUCGAAGUGGAGAAUCCCGAUCAUUGCGAUUUUAUCAAGUUAAGGACAAUGCUGAUUACACAUAUGCAAGACCUACAGGAAGUAACGCAAGAGGUACAUUACGAGAAUUAUCGUAGCGAAAGAUUAGCGAAGGGAGCUCCGGUGCCCCCUCGACGUCAAACCAUCGCGGAAAUGGAUAAGAACGGCACCGUAUCUGAAAAGGAUCGCAUUUUGCAAGAAAAGGAGGCGGAAAUACGGCACAUGCAGGAAUUGCUGGCAGUGAUGCAAGCGCAGAUGCAACAACAGCAACCUUGAUUGAACAUGCGUUUGUGUACCGACGUAUGAAGUGAAGGACUCCAUUGUUACGAGUGCCAAAAAAAUUUAUAAAACUUUUUUAGUGGCUCAUACGAUUAACGGGGUCUUGAUUUCAGGCGCAAUAUUUUUUAUAAACUUGCCUUUUAUUAGGGCAAUCUUAUUUUGACACGCAUUAUGCGUUUUAUAGACAUAUAUUUCGUAAGAAUCUCAAAAUACUAAUCGUCUUUUGAUAAGCAUAUAUUGUCGAUAUGGCUCGUGAUACAUUUCUGUUAGCCAUCCGCUGCCUUGUCCAGAAACAAACAAACCAACAAACUCGAUCUGAAAUUACGACACAGUAUGAAACAAAUGUUUGCAUAUCCAAGGUUGAUAGGUAAGGCACUUGAGUAACUUGUUCCUUUUAACAAAAUUUAUUUGAACGGAAAUUGCUCUAUUUCUAAGAUUUUACUGUGCGAGUACUUACUGAGAAUCUUAUUCUAAUACUUUUUUUUUUUUUUUUAAGAAAAGCAUUUGUCUUCAAUUUAUCACUUUUCCAUGUGAUUUCUGUCUUAAUUAUUGAUAAACUGCUUAACGUUUUACUCGGAUCAUGCAUUUGAAUAUAGAUAAGCAUUUAAAUAAGAUUUUAUUGCAUAAGUAAAACGCGAGACGAAUGAAUCAAGAUUGAGAAUACAAGUAUCUCAUAUAAGCUAAUGCCUAAUAACUUUACAUUUCAAAAGAACUUUUAUGUAGAUCUCCGCUGUAUAUGCAGCACUCUUUAUCAAAAGAAAAUAGAUAUCUUAUACACAUGACGUAAUAAAUAGGAGUUUUACCUCAAAUGACAAUUAUUGUACAAUAGAAUGUAACACGCGGAAAAGAAAUGUAAAGAGAAAGUGCCUUGCAACUUUUAUCUAUUUCACUAUCACAGUACGAAUAUUAACAUGCGUAAAAAAAUUCAAAACUUUUCCAUAUAUAAAUAUGCAAACAAUUUGUCAUAAACGCUUCAAUUGCAUUAAAACAAAAAGAUUUCCAUAAUUGAGCCAUACAUUCAUAAGUUAUCGAUAAAAUUUGAUCGAUAGUGAAUGAAGAAUGUCUUAUUGAAUUUAUGUAAGACAGAUGUAUAAAAACUUUAAAAAGCUGACACAAUCCUCGGAUAAAAAGAUCUGAAUGAUUACGCCAGACUAUUUCAAAGCAAUCGUAUCAUUUAAUACAGUGUAUCAUUUAAUUGUUAAUAUUAAGCUAGGACCUAGAAGCAAAGAAGUACGAAUGUUCCAAACACUUUUUAAAAGAUAGAGAACAAUCCAAAGUUAAUUUUAGAUAUAUUUAUAACAUUUUUUUUCCUUGAAAUUGGCCGUUCGUAACUUUUUUUUUUCUAGGUCUCCUUCACGUAUAUACGAGUCCACGAAACAUAUAAACGAUAAAUGUAUUCCUGAAUAUUCAUAAGUAUUAUAUAUUCGUCAUACAUGAUCAAAGUAAAAACGUAAUGUUUAAGAUAAAUGUGACAACGGACUUAGAAACUCUUUACGUGUAUAUCACAUACGAAUAUCUCCUUAUGAGAAUCGUUUCGUGCAAUACAACGAAACAUAUGAAAUGUGAUUACAUAUAAGAAUUACACGUAAGAAAAAGAAUUUCGUAUAUUAACGUGAAAUUGAAUGACUAUUAGGUAAUUAAUUAAAAAAAGGCAAUAUAUUUUACGCUUUUAAUUCAGACACACGAUAUUAGUUUUACGAGCAUAUUUACAACAGAAACAUUUCCAUGUUUUUAUACAGGAAUUGUAUAGAUACGUAAUUACAUAGAUUUUUAUAUCUCUUUUAUACAAAUAUAUAUCUUUUAACAAUCUC